UAAUUCAUUUUUAGUUUGUAUUUAAAUGUAAAUUGUGCUUAUUUUAAUUUGAUUAAUAGAUACUACAUUUAUAAUUUUGAAAAGUGUUUAAAGCAGUUGCAGAAUGGAUGAUAUAUAUGAUAAUUUGGAAAACUACGAUGAAGGGAAUGUUAUUGACGAGCUGAAAACAGAAAACAAAAAUCUGAAGCAACAGCUUGAAGAAUAUGCAUUGACUAUAGAUAAAUUGCAAAAAAAUAUUUUGCAGGACUUUGACAAAUUAACAUUGGAGUAUUCAAAAUUGGAAAGUAACUACUCAUCAUUACUUAAAACUGCCAGAGCAGAGGUAGAGAGGAAAACCCAGAUUAUUACCAACCUUAAUAAAGAGAAGGAUAUGCUAGUUCUUAAUUCAAGAAUGAACAAAAAUUUAUUAAAUAUUCAAAGAAACAAUAAUAAAAUAAAUAAAAACACUGAAUAUGAUACAAAAAAAAAGAAUAUAACAAAUGUACCUGAUGGUCUGAAGUCAAACAAUCCCAGUGCUAUAAGGUCCGACCAAAGCAAGACUUCAACUGAAGAUACAGUUACCAAUGUUAAUAGAGAUACUACUAUUGAAGUAGCAAAUGUUUCCAACAAAAUAGAACAAGUUAAAUUAACAAUUGAGAGUGCUAGUGAUGUUAAAGAGAAUAUUAAACAAAUGCACACAGAUAAGGAUACACACCAAACUCAACGUAAACCAUGCAGUAUUAGUAAUAGGCGGAAGUCAAUGCCAGCAAACAGGGAAUAUAGCAAAUUCGUUUCAGAUGAAGAAUGUGAAGAUAAUUACUCCAGAGAAGAAGUAAAUAAACACAAAAAGGAUUUGUUGCCAUUGAGACAUGAUACAAGGAGAAAGAGUCGUGACAGAAGUUAUAAUAGUAAACAGAGUAAAUUAUCAGAUAAUUCAAGUACUGAUGAUAAACAUUUUAGUCGACAUGAAUCAUCAAAAGACACUCAUUCAAGAACACGGACCAGUAAAAAAUCUGAUGACGAUAGAUACAGGCGUAAGGAUAAUUAUGAACUUCGACAUAGAAGACACUACAGCCCAGAAAGGCCGCAUCGGAAAUCAACUAGGGAUUAUCCGGAAGAUCGCUAUCAAAGAUAUGGAAGAACAAGAGUUUUAGAAAGUCCCCCACGUGAUAGAUUUGAGCACUUCGAUAGGAGAAUAGAUUUAAGAUCCAAAUACGAUAAAGAUUACAAUGAUUAUCAUCCUGAAAAGUUUCGGAAUCAACCCUCGGAACGACAAUCAGGAAAACAUAAGAUAGUAAAUGAUUGUGAUGAAGUAACUACUAAGCGCAUGAAAACUGAUUCUUUUAGUAAAUAUAAUGAUGAAAUUGAACCAAUCAACCCAAGAAACCCAAGGGGGAAAGGACCGGAUAUUAAUACAGGAUAUCCUAUAACUGAAGGACUAGAAGCUAACGAGUCUUGUCAAUCACCUGAUUAUAUAUCGGUAGACGCAACCUCUGUACCCCCUGUCACAGAAAUAAAAUGUACAGCGGCUACUAAACUUGAUGAUCCUAGAGUUACAAAUAAAAGAUAUGUAAUGAAGAGUGAGAAUGGAAAAACUGUGUUAUCUACAGUUAUAGGCAGGAAUGUCAAUUUAGAAAUUAUAGACAAGUCUGUGUGGAAUAUUGAAAAGGUUGAUAUGCCAGAAGCCCUUUUGCAGCACCCAUCGCAAUAUGUUGAAGAAUACGUUAAAGAAAUCUAUGAGGAUAUUGAAAAUCCAGUGUCUAAUCAAUCAUUGGAAUCAGGCGAAAUACCGUCAUCAGAGACCCAGGAAGGUAUUUCUAGUGAAGUUGUUGCUAAUUAUGAGACUUCUUAUAACGAAUUCCAACCGAAAACCGAGCAGACACAGUGCCUCGAUAGUAUUAAUAAAGUAUCACAAUGCGAAAAAUCGGAAUAUCAUUGCAAUAAUGGCACUAAAUUAAAAUAUAAAAUUCCUAAAAUAAAGUCCCGUAAUAAUAGUGAAGGUCAUACACAAAAUGUGCUACCUUUAAGCUUGGACAUUGAUAGUACAAAUAAAAUUAAUUGUCAAAAAGACCCAACUCAAUUACAGGUCAACAGACAUGAUAACUUAGAGAAUGUUGAUAAUUGUAAAGAAAUUGGAAGUAAAUUUAAUGAUAAGAAUUUAUUUAAAACUAGGAAAAUAAUAGAGGGCGACUUACAGCUAAGCGAUGAAGCCAGUGAUCCUAUACCAGAAAAUAUGGUUGAUGUGGAAAACAUUAUGAGUCAGGAGAACGAAACAGGAACUGAUAACUAUAAAAAUAUUCAAAACUCAUCAGAUAAAACUAUGAAUGAACAAUCUAGUAAAAUAACCAAAAAACAAACUGAAAAAGCCUCUGCCACUAAAAAUAGUGAGAGUUGUUUAAAAGGCGCUGUCAAAAGAAGGUCACACAGAUCCCAAAAAAAAUCUAAGGAAGUUUCUCCAAAAGAGGACAUUGAAAAAAAAAGUAAUAAAAAAAUGGAAUCAGAAAACGGUGACACAGUUUGUGAGGAAAUAAAGACAAAAUUUUGUGAUUUAUUUGGGGAUAGCAGUAGUUUAAUUACACCCGAGGAUUUAGGAUUAAAUGUAUCUCAAAGGAAAGGUGAAUUAUCAACAUAUAUUCCGAUCUUUGAAGAUGCUCAAGAUGCAGUUGAUGUGAAUGUGAAAAAAGGUAGACAAAUACAAAUUUCAUCACCUGAACUAAAAACUCAAAGCAAUGAAAUAUCAGCAAUGUUACAAAUCAAAAAUGAUUUGGUACCAAAAAGUAUAACAGAAAUCAAGAAAGGAAAACCAAAGAAAGAUAUCGAAGAUAUAUCUAAUACAGUAGAAAUAAAUAUAGAAAAUUCACUUCAAUGUAAUAAUCCACACUUUGAUAAAUUGGAAAUGAAAAACGAUAUAGUAAAAACUAUUAUAAUUUCUACAGGAGUUCAACCCCAGUAUACAUCUGUAGGUAAUGAUCAGAUAAAUGUGAAACAACAAAUUGUUUCCAAUAUUCAAAAUGAACCUUACCAAAAUAAUAUUCAAAAAUCACAUGACAUACCAAUGAUUGCUUUAGCUACCUCAACACCUGAAAGAGAGUUACAACUAUGUGGUUUAGAAAAGGGCACAAAUUGUAGAAUAACUGAAUUAAGUUGUAAACCAAAUGAAAGCAGAGUUGUACCUGCAGACAAUAUUAUAUCAAUGGUCGACCAUUCUUCUACUGCUGAUACUAUAGAUUCCCAGAAUGACGGCGAUGCUCCUGAUGUAAGAAUAUUUGUGAAGCGCCGUAGGAGAACUAUUAGGAAAGUUACCCCAUCUAAAACCUAGAACUCUACUCUAUAUAUUUAGUUAGACUGAUCGUAUAUAAGAAAACUAUAUCUUAAUAAUUUAUUUGUAAGUGACGCGUAACCACUGCGUAAUUUCUUUUGUACAAACAGAGUAUGAAAUAUUGUACAAAGUGUACUUAUGUUAAAAAUAAAAGUUGACUUUUAAAUUUUGUUUACUUGCGUCUUGAAAGUAUUUUAUGCAUUAAUCUACGAUAGUACUAUAUCUGUAUAUCUUUCGACUAAAUCCAUUAAGCUUAGCCAUUUUAAUAUGUUUGUAUUACAAAUUAAACAGCAGGAUUAUUUCUCAUUUAUAUGUACUUUAUAGAUUCCAAUUAUCAACAAAAAUGCUGUAAAUAAAAAAUAUAUAGCAAAAUUAUAUAUUUAAUAAUAUAAUGAAAAUUAACAGCUACUAGCAACUUUGUUUUGAGAUAAAAAGUAGCCUAGUCUGUUGCCGUGAUACAAUGCAUAUAGUUUCACGCCAAGCCAAAUAUAAUUAAGAUGUGUUCAGCCGUUUAGUUGUGAAAAGUAAGAGAUGCCGGGGCGAGAGCCCUGGCUUCGCCGGGGUGUACAUAUAUUAUACAUAUAACCGUCCUCUAGAAUCACUUAUCUAUUAAAAUAAACCAUUUCAAAAUCCGUUGCGUAGUUUUAAAGAUUUAAGCAUACACAGGGACAGAGCGGUAGCGACUUUAUACUAUGUA